CCGGUCUUCGGAACGGUUCGCAGUAGCUAUGGAGGAACCGGAGAUGCAGCUCAAGGGAAAGAAAGUCACAGACAAGUUCACUGAGAGUGUCUAUGUCCUGGCCAACGAGCCGUCCGUGGCCCUAUACCGGCUGCAGGAGCAUGUGCGCCGCUCUCUGCCCGAGCUGGCCCAGCAUAAGGCCGACAUGCAGCGGUGGGAGGAGCAGAGCCAGGGUGCCAUUUACACGGUGGAGUAUGCCUGCAGCGCCGUGAAGAACCUGGUGGACAGCAGCCUCUACUUCCGCAGCGUGGAGGGUCUUCUCAAACAGGCCAUCAGCAUCCGGGACCACAUGAACGCCACCGCGCAGGGCCACAGCCCUGAGGAACCACCCCUGCCCUCCUCAGCCUGAUCCCAGAAGAGACUUGGAGGUGCUUUGGCCCCUCUGACUCAGGCAGAGCCCAGCAUGGCCGUUACCCACCCAGCUCAGGAAUCUCUGCUCCACUGCCAACCUGCUGUGUGACCCUGAGGAGGUCCCUCCCCUCUCUGGUCUCUGCUGUUCCCUUCUGUCAGAGUGGUUCAUCAGGCAGCAGAGGGCGCUGCUGCUCAGUGCCGUGUGUUGUAGCUGUCCGCUGCUGCUGUGUGACAAGCUAUCCCAGAGCUUAGCGGCGGACACACCAGUCAUCUGGCUGCUCACAGUUCUGCAGCGUGGGCUGGGUCUGCUGGGCAGUUUGACGGGGCUUAGCCGGAGGCCACCAUCUGGCACUCUCGGAGUUCGAUGGCGCUGCCCAGUCAGAGGUGGCCUUGCUCACACGUCUGAACAUCGGCUAGUGCUAUCAGCUGCUGGGGCUCCAGUUCUCCUGUGCCCAGCCUCCCCGGCAGGCCCGCCAAGGCUUCUCUGGGGACCGGGUGCCAAGAGGGCAGCCCCAGCGUGCCCGUGCUCAUCCAGCGUCUUCUUGAUUCCCCUUGUGGGUGUCCCAUUGGUCAAGGCCAGCUACAUGCUAUUCUUUGCCCAUGGAGGACAGACCCCGACAGAUGGGAGGCCCCUGAGGGACUUUCUAGCCCUUACUCUUGUAACUCUUAAAGCCCUGCUUGUUUGCUAGCCAUGGUGAUGGCACACUAGGCUUCAGAGGCCCUCUCGGAGGGUUGGAGAGGCAUGGGUGCAACGGGGCCUUCCCAGCCCCCAAGCAACAACCCCUUCUCAGACCUAAGAGGCAGCAGAGCUCAUGCCUGUGCAGUCAGAGUACCCAAUGAACACCUGCUAUGUGCCAGGUUUAGCUCUCUGUCUGGGGGUACUGAGGACUUCUGUAGGCUGUGGGAUUGCCUAGGGGGCAUCUGGGAGGGCCUGGAGCCGGAGGGGCUGCCCAGAGGCUCAGCAGCCCACCCAGGGCCCUGCACCAGGUUGCCCACCAGCCCUGGGUUCACACAUCACCAUCUCUCCCCUUCCAUCUCUUUGCCCCGGUGCCCCUCCCCCACCAUCCAGCCUCAAGGCUACUGCCCUUCCG